AACCGACCGCCCGCGAGUUCCAUGACAUAGCAAAGAGGCCUCUAUAAAUUCAUGACUUCCCUUCCAAAUAUUUAGACUAAACAUAUAAGCACUGAGCGUAAAGAGGGUGCUAUCAGCUAUCACCUCCCAAUAAUGUCUCUCCUCAGCCUCCAACAACUGUUCUUCGUUCUUGCAAUUCCAUUAUCCAUAGUCUUCCUUCUGUUAUUACGUAACAAAGGAUCAUACUCUACAAAAACAUGUCUUCCACCUUCCCCACCCAAGAUUCCUAUCAUAGGCAACCUCCAUCAAUUAGGCACCCUUCCUCAUCGCUCUCUCCAAGCCAUGGCCCACAAGCUUGGUCCCAUCAUGCUUCUCCAGCUGGGCCAAGUCCCAGCUCUCGUGGUCUCAUCCGUGGACAUGGCACGAGAGAUCAUGAAGACCCAAGACCAUAUUUUUGCGAGUAGGCCUUCUUUGAAGGUACCCAGAACACUCCUCUAUGACGGCCGAGAUGUGGCCUUCGCACCCUAUGGUGAAUACUGGAGGCAAGCAAGAAAGGUGUCUGUAUUACAUCUUUUGAGCCCAAAAAUGGUCCAGUCUUAUGAGCUCAUUAGAGAAGAGGAAGUAGCUUUUAUGAUCGAGGCUGUGUCUCGAUCUUGUUCUUCAGGUACUGUCAUGAACAUGAGCGAGGUUCUGAACUCUCUUGCCAAAAAUAUUGCUAGUAGAACUAUCCUAGGUAAAUGUCCGAGAGAAGAGGAGUGGUAUAAUAUUAUUCAUGUGGUGAUCCAUGAGUCCUCCAAAAUGAUGGGAGCUUUCUAUGUAGGGGACUACUUCCCAUCUCUUUCGUGGCUGAGCAGACUCACUGGCUUGGAAGCGAGGGUCAACAAAGUCUUCAAGAAAGUUGAUGAAUUUCUUGAUGCCAUAAUAGACGACCACAUAAGUCGAUCGAGCCACGACGAGCACAAAACUGAGGACUUUGUUGAUAUCUUGCUCUCUCUUGAAAAAGAAACCAACAGGAAUGUUUCAUUUGGCAGAGAGAACAUUAAAGCAAUUGUGGAGGAUUUGUUUGGUGCCGGAACAGAGUCAACAUUUGUGGUCAUGGAAUGGAUUUUAGCAGAUCUUAUUCGAAAUCCGGAAGCAAGGAAGAGAUUAAAGGAUGAAAUAAGAGGUAUAGUUGGCUCCAAACCGAUGGUAAAAGCAGAGGACUUGAAUAAGAUGAAAUACUUAAAAGCUGUGAUUAAGGAAAGUAUGAGGUUCCAUCCGCCAGGGCCAUUUUUGGUUCCACGAGAGUCGAUAGAGGACGCGAAGAUCACAGGCUAUGUUAUACCAAGGGGAGCAAGAAUUUUUGUCAAUGUUUGGGCCAUUCAAAGGGACCCUGAGAUAUGGGAAGCUCCCGAGGACUUCCGGCCUGAGAGGUUCAUGGACAGCUCCAUAGAUUUCAAAGGCCAUGAUUUCCAGCUUAUUCCAUUUGGUGCAGGCAGAAGGAUUUGCCCUGGAAUUGGAUUUGCAGUCCCUGUCAUUGAAAUAGCUAUUGCUAAUCUCAUGCAUCAUUUUGAUUGGAAACUGCCUGAUGGCAUGAAAGAAGAAGAUAUGGAUAUGACUGAGGCUUUUGGACUUACCAUGCGCAAAAAGAGUGAUCUUCAGCUUCUUGCAACACCUUGUCUUUGAUGAGCAACAUAUAAGGAAGCUCAGAAACACUGUAAUAUCAAUUAGGGCUCAUCUGUAUUUUCUACUUGCACAUUGGUUGUGCAUGAUAGAGGUUUGAGAUGACUGUUCUUUGUUGUCUGCCUCGAAGGCACUACACCAGUGGUCCUCUCCUCUUGCGCAUGGAGACUUCAUGUUCUAGAACACCAUAGUUCUAUAAAGACUUCAAAUAUUUGCAUUCUCUAUAGUUCUAUAAAGACUUCAAAUUCUAGUUAA